AUGUCUUCCACAUUCCCCGAGAUUCAGGGUGGAGGCUCCUUGAUUCUCGCCUGGCAGAUCAAGAACAAAGAGGUCCUGGUAGUCGGCGGAGGUGAGGUCGCCGCCGGCCGCAUUGUCAAUCUCCUCAAUGCCGACGCCAAGGUCACUGUCGUUUGCCCGCGAGAGGGCCUGAACGAAGAGGUGGCGUAUCGAGUGGACCACGGACAGGUCAAACACGUCGAUCGAAUCUUCCUCCCGCUGGACCUCGAACCGGAAAAAAAGAUUGCCAUGGUAUUGACCGCCAUAGACGACCCCGAUGCAUCCACUCGGAUAUGGAAGUAUUGCAAGCAACUGAAGACCCCCGUCAACAUUGCCGAUGUGCCCUCCGAAUGCGACUUCUAUUUUGGAAGUGUACACCGCGACGGACCUCUUCAGAUCAUGGUGUCUACGAACGGCAAUGGGCCCCGGAUGGCCGCGGCGAUCCGGCGACAGAUAGGUGAGAUGCUCCCCAAAGGGACCGGCGACAGCAUCGAGAAAGUAGGUCAACUCCGGCGACGGCUUCGGAGAGCGGCCCCAGGGAAGAGCACGCGGGACAUUAGCAAGAGGAUGGCGUGGAUGAGUGCCGUGUGUGACAAAUGGAGCACAGGAGAUUUCAAUGCCAUGGACGACGCAGACAUGGAGGCAUUGGUACAUUACUACGAGUCGGGCAGGGUGCCCAGUUUUGAGCAGAUUCGGCUUGGACACAGGGGAGAUGUUGUAUGGGAGUUCGACGGGUCAUUUGGAUGGAUGUAG